CAUUUUUUAUAACACCGAUUACAAUAAUUCAAUAUAUGCAAUUGAAUUUUAUAGAGAAGUGUUAAAACGGAACUUAAAAUUUCCAGCUAUUUUGAAAAUCAUCAGUAGCCAGUUUAUAGAUGGGUAAAUGUGUUAUUUUCUAAAUUAUGUAAUGUCUGUGCGUCUAUGUAUAAGAGUGAUGAUGUCCGUGCGAUGUUAAAUAAGCUCAAAUUAAUUUCGAAAUUGCGAUUUUGUGCAAUUACGUUAACCAAUUCGGCGGUAAAACGGUAGUGGACAAGUUUGCAAAGUACACAAAACCCUAAUACCGUUAUCUUAUCAAGAAAUAAAAGCACGAAUUCCAAUAUGAUGAUACUCAACAUUAGGCCAAAAUAAUUGUAUUUACAGUCAAGCUCAUUCUUUAACUAUUAUUCGCUAAACGCAGUCAAGUCGGUACUGAGCGCACGGCAUACGUAUGUAGCUAUAUGCAUAUAUUAACAAUAACACAAAUAAUAAAAUUUUAUUUCGAGCGGUAUUGCAAGGGAAGUGUGCACAAACGAAUAAAUAAAUAGAGUUGAAAGCGCGCCACGAAAAAAAAAUACCGGUGAGCAUUACUCACACAUUAAAAACAAUCCGGUAAUGUAAUCAUGCACGAUUUGCUGAUACGCAUACUUGUGAUAAUAGCCUGCAUAGUUGAGAGUUGGAGUUUCAAUGGCAUAUUAUCACAAACAGUCAUAAAUGGAACAAACGAUACGCUCUUAAAGUUCAUAAAUUCCAUUGAGUUCGCGGCAGCGAACGAAGCGUUAAAUUACAGCGCGUCUACAGAGAGCGUAAAAAAUGCGGCUUUACCUGAUGAUUGCUCGCAGCGCAACAAAAAAGCAGCACAACCGAUAUAUACCAAAAAUUCGCGAUUAAGAAAAUGUUGCCCCCAUGGUGAGGGACUGAGCGUAUUUCGUGACAAUCAAACCGACGAAUUCUGCGAUUCAACAAAUUUCAAGUUUGAGCCCAUUACUAUAAGCGUAGUUCUAUACGAUAAUUGCAUUGAGGAUGAAGAGAAUGCUGUCGAUUUGCAAGUUGAGAUUGGGAAUCCCUGCAAUUCUUCUCUAAUAUACAACGAUGAAGAUGAUGCCUUCUUCGUGUUGCAAGACGGUUCCUUACUCAUAAUGGACAAGUAUGGAAACGACAGUUACACUGUGGAAAAGUACUACUGCCUUGAUAUGGAUAAUGUGUCUGGUAUAACAUACGCCAUAACAUGCAUAACAGCGAUUGAGGAGCACUUGAAACGUGGCCAGAUCAUAGCGAUUGCUGCUUUGAUGCUCGUUUCCAUACCGUGCUUAUUAAUCGUCAGUUACAUUCAUAUAAAACUGAAGGAGUUACGUUCGGUACAUGGCCUAUGUCUAAGCUCUUUGUCGUUGUGCUUAGCGUUGGGCUAUUUCCUGCACUCUUUGGUGCAUAUUUUCAAAAUUGAUUCCAUGAAAAUCGGUUAUGCUAUACAGUUCCUAAUGCUAUCUUACUUUAUAUGGUUCUUCUGUCUGUGUUGGAAUGUAUUGGUGAAUAUUUGGUUCCGCAUACCGUCCAAUAAGAGGGCCUCUAAGCUGACGGUGUGGUGCGUUUUUGGUGGACAUUCACUAGUCUGCUACAGUGUUGCUGGCUCAUUAGUGGCGGUCACUAUUCACAAGGGACUUCCUGGUAUGCCGUCCUACUUCAURCAGGGCUUAACGGCAUCCAUUCGCGAGUCACAACGAUAUUUUAUACCACCAGUAUCGUCGUUCCUCUUUUUAUCAUUUAUAGUAAUGAUGAUUUCGUUCUUCGGCUUUCAAAAAAUUAAGAAACAGAAAGUAGAGACUGCCGCAAAGGAUAGUACAAAUGGCACUGUUCAUGCAAAUAUAAUUGUCGAAAUUGAUGAAAUGAAAUAUGAGGAAGUGAAGAAAGACGCCAAAUGUAUAAGCUUUCUUGGUGUAAUAUUAAUUGUAUCAUGGCUACUGGAAAUUGUCACAUUCUAUUCACCCGGCCCAGACGCUUACCUUAUGGUCAUGGAAAUGAUUAAUGGGUUACAAGGUGUAUUCAUAAUGCUGAUAUUUGUUGUGGUACGACGUAGGCGCACAGUUAUUUUGAGGUGGUGGUACGAUAGAGGUUCACAUAAUGUUGAGGAUGUGGAGCUCGAGGCGAUGAAUAAAUAAAUGAAUAUCGAAUUUGUGCGCUUAAAUAAACAUAGUGCAUAGGAAAAUACAUACUUAAAUGUAUGUAUAUGAAUACAUGCAAAAAGCAGGAUAGUUAUUAGUUUAGAUUUUUUUUUACUAUACUAUUCUUAUUUUAAGUAAAUGAAAUACUUAAUUGAAAAUUAUUAAACACAGAAUUAGAGUUUUUGUUGAUAAUCUAAGGCCAAAAUGUAUUUUUUGUAAUUAAUUUUUGUUUAAAUCAAGAAC